GUAUUGUUUGAAAACAUUAUUUUCGUGACAAUUGUUUGCAUUGAAUUGCAAUCAAAUCUGUGGACACAAUGAGUGGCGGAGUCUAUGGCGGAGAUGAAGUCGGAGCCCUCGUCUUCGAUGUCGGCCACUACUCAUUCCGCGGCGGAUAUGCCGGCGAAGACUCGCCGAAGACUGAGAUCCCGACAAUGGUUGGAGUGCUGAACGAAUUGCUUGAAUCCAAUGCUAUGGACAUCGAUGGCCAACAGACCAGUCAGAAGAAGUACUUCAUAGACACCACAUCUAUUCAUUCGCCCCGAAAAGCGAUGGAAAUGACCACCUUUUUGAAGGACGGCAUGAUCGAAGACUGGGAUCUGUUUGAAAAGCUUAUGGAUUAUGUGUACAAAAAGCACUUAAAGAGCGACUCUAUGUUACAUCCGGUGCUCUUCUCGGAAGCGCCGUGGAACAUAAGGACAAAGAGAGAGAAGUUAACGGAACUUAUGUUUGAAAAGUACGGAAUUCCGGCCUUUUUUCUGGUGAAGAAUGCAGUUUUGGCCGCCUUUGCAAACGGGAAGUCGACGGGCAUUGUCUUGGAUUCGGGCGCGAGUCAGACGUCGGCCGUUCCCGUACACGACGGGUAUGUCAUCCAACAGGCGAUCGUGAAGAGCCCACUCGCCGGUGACUUCAUUACAAUGCAGUGUAAGAACUAUUUCGACGAGAAAAAUGUCGAAAUAGUGCCCUAUUAUGCCGUCGGAGCCAAAGAAGUGGUCAAAGAAGGAGAAGCGGCCAAAUGGACCCGAAGAUCAACCAUUCCUACCGAAGGGCUAACAAAGACGUGGAAUAAUUAUAUGGUAAAGGAAGCGCUUCAGGACUUCCAGGCGGUUGUCCUUCAAGUGAGUGACUCUCCGUAUGAGAAGGAAACGGCCGAUAAUAUGCCGACCAUUCACUACGAGUUCCCCAAUGGAUAUAAUCAAGACUUCAGUUCCGAGCGAUUCCUAAUUCCCGAAUCACUUUUUGACACUUCAAACAUUAAAGGUGUCAAUACAUCAGUGAUGGGAAUGUCACAGAUUGUCACCACAAGUGUCGGCAUGUGUGACAUCGAUAUGAGACCAUCUCUUUAUGGCUCCGUCAUCACGACGGGAGGCAAUACUCUCAUACAGGGCUUCACAGAUCGACUCAGUCGUGACUUAACCACCAAAACCCCUCCCGGCUUCACAGAUCGACUCAGUCGUGACUUAACCACCAAAACCCCUCCCAGUAUGAGACUUAAGGUAUUGAGUACUAACUCGACGGCGGAGAGACGUUAUGGCGCAUGGAUUGGUGGCUCUAUUUUAGCAUCUCUUGGCACUUUCCAGCAAAUGUGGAUUUCCAAACAGGAGUAUGAAGAGGGCGGUAAGGCUCAGGUGGACCGCAAAUGCCCCUAAUGUUUCUACAUCUCAGUUCUCUCUGUAAUUCAUGUAAUUUUCGAAACUAAAACAUACUUUAACUUAAUAUUCAUUUUUUAAACUUUUUAAACUUUACAUUUAAUGCAUUAUAAAACUAAUUAAUUUAAUAAAUAAACAUAAUUAUGCUUAAAA